AUGGAUGAUCAUCUCUCCAUCGUCCUCCUGGGAAAAGUUGGAGUUGGUAAAAGUUCUUCAGGAAACACCAUCCUAGGACAAGCAGCGUUUGAGUCCAAACUGUCCCUCAGACCAGUGACCAAACUCAUCUGUGUGGAAACGGGAACUGUGUUUGGGAAGCAGGUCUCGGUGAUCGACACUCCAGAGAUAUUAGGAUCAGAGCAGCAGGUCCAGACCUUCUGUCAGUGUGUCCUGCAGUCUGUCAGACCUGUUCUCUUCCUGCUGGUGAUCAGAGUGGGUCGGUUCACCGAGGAGGACCACAGGGCCGUGGAAGCAGCGACCAGAGCGGUCGGGCCUCACAGGCUGGAGAAAUGUUACCUGCUGUUCACGGGUGGAGAUGAACUCAAGACAUCAGUGGACGAUUAUGUUUUACAGAACAGAACAAGUUCACUUCCAGAUGUUGUAAAAAGGUUUUCACAGAGAACUCACCUGUUCAACAACAAAGAUGAAGGACGGGAACAAGUGAGAGAGCUGCUGCUGAAGGCGGGACACCUCCCCACAGGUGGAGAUGAACUCAGGAUGGUGCUGGUGGGAAAAACAGGAGUUGGGAAGAGUGCAUCAGGAAACACCAUCUUAGGGAGGGAAGUCUUUAGAUCUGCACUAUCUGUUUCCUCAGUAACAUCAGAGUGUGAGAAAGAAACAGGUCUGUUUGACGGUCAGACCCUGGCUGUGAUUGAUACUCCACCUCUGUUUGACACCCGUAGAAGUCAAGAGGACAGUAAGACAGCGAUCGCUAAAUUUGUCUCCUUGGCUGCUCCUGGUCCUCAUGUGAUCCUGGUUGUGAUCCAGAUUGGCAGAUUCACUAUAGAAGAAAAAGAAACAGUGAGAAUCAUUCAGCAGAUGUUUGGAGAAGAAGUAGCAGGUUACACCAUGGUCCUGUUCACCCGUGGAGACGACCUGGAGGAUGCUGGAAUCACCAUAGAGGAAAUUAUCACUGUGAAUCCACCUCUCCGUGACUUCAUCCGUCUGUGUGGUGGAAGAUAUCAUGUUUUUAACAAUAGAGACAAAGAUCCUGCUCAGGUCAGAGAGCUGCUGGAGAAGAUCAACACCAUGGUUCAGAGAAACGGAGGAAGCUACUACACCAACGAGAUGUUCAGACAGGCUGAGAGAGCCAUCAGAGAAGAAGAGAUGAGACGCCUUCUGAGAGAGAAUCAUGAGAU